AUGAACACCACCACCACACACUCAAGUGCUCCGCGUCCUUCCCCGGCCGGGCAGGCUCCGAGCUCCGACAUCUCCGUCCGCACGGCCCUCCUCUGCCUUGUAGCAGUGAUAACCACACCAUUAAUUAUCUACACAUUCUUUUUUGCUAUGAGAUUUCCUCGGAAUCCUUUCCGGCGAUCUAGCCGCCGCUCCGGAAUACCGGACGGAGAAGUGAGAUGUAACGGUAAAGAAUUCGAACUGGUUUGUGGCGUUAGGAAAGAGGCGCGUGCAAAAGAAACCGCCGGAAGCGAGUGCCCUGUGUGUUUAUCGGUUUUUGUUGAGGGAGAAGGGAUUAGGCAGUUGAAUGCGUGUAAACACGCUUUUCAUGUUGAGUGUAUUGAUAAGUGGCUCUAUUCGCAUUCGAAUUGCCCGGUAUGUCGUGUUUCUGUUUCGGUAAAGCGCUGUAAACGGACUUCAAAUAUUGGCGGAGAUGAAGAUUUCCGGCAAGGUUUGCCGGAUGCGGCUAACCUGGUUUGA